AUGUCCCAAAACCCUCUCGCUGUUGAUGAUGAGGCUGUUGCUAGUCCUUUGGCAAGCAAUGUGACUCCUGUGAUUCCUGGUGACUCAAAGGCCCAGCAACUCAAGACAUCUGGGCGAAUUAUUGCCGUGAUGACCAACCUCCCAAAUCAAGUCCACUUGAAUAGGAACACUGCUGAUAAUACUGUCGAUUUCUCUCUUUCUCAUACCAGGGGGAAUUCUUCAGUUUAUUCGAGCUUUUACUAUUUGAAUCAACAAACCCCUUGGGAGACUCAUUUGGUGGGGUGGACUGGUGAAGUGAUGUCCCACACCAAUAAUAGGCUCAAUAGAAGUGAUGUCCAAAAUGAUCCGUUAUAUCUUAGUGACGAUGAUAAGAGCACUAUUACCGGAAUGUUGAAAACCGCGAACAAUUCUGAAAAUGUCCAUCCGGUAUGGUUGCUACGCAGGGACCAGCAACGGUGGAGGAAAUAUGCUGAGAAUGUGUUGUGGCCAGUAUUCCACUAUAUUAACCAGAACACCACGUUCAACUCGAAUAACAAUGAAGUAGAAUGGUGGCAUGAUUAUGUGAGAUUCAACGAGGCGUACGCCACGAAAAUCAUGUCGAUUUACAAACCAGGGGAUAUCAUUUGGAUUCAUGAUUAUUAUUUGUUGCUCUUACCAAAUUUGCUUAGGUUACAGUUGCCCGAGGCCUACAUUGGUCUUUACCUUCAUACCCCGUUCCCAUCUCUGGAGUACUUCCGUUGUUUAUCCAAAAGAUCCAAUUUACUCGAAGGGAUGUUGGGAGCGAAUAGGAUUGCUUUUCAAUCUUAUAGCUUUGCAAAGCACUUUGUGUCGUCUUGUUCUCGAAUUCUUGGUUGCGAGACCACUCAUGAUAGCAUUACAACCUAUGGUAGGAUUUGUAAACUCGAGGCUUUGCCUAAUGGUAUUGACACCUCAAAGAUUAUCAGUGAUGCGUUCAAUGAAAAAAUCGAUAAAAGAGUGGAUACCAUCAAGAAAGUCUACGCUAAUAAGAAAAUAAUUGUUGGUAGAGAUCGUCUUGAUAGUGUUAGAGGGGUGCUCCAGAAGCUCGAAGCUUUUGAAAAGUUCUUGAUAAUGUAUCCUGAAUGGAGAGAUAAAGUCGUCCUUAUCCAGGUCUCUUCACCAGUAGCCGAUAUGAAUAAAGCGUACGAAAAGCAGGUUAGCGAAUUUGUGUCUUACAUAAAUGGUACUUAUGGCACUUUGCAUUCUAAUCCAGUUCAACACUUUCAAAUGAGAAUUGAUAAAGAUGAAUAUUUGGCGUUGCUAAGAGUGGCUGAUUUGGGAUUGAUCACCACCAUUAGAGAUGGUAUGAAUACCACUGCCUUGGAAUUUGUUGCCUGUCAAAUGAAUAACUAUUCACCUUUGAUAUUAUCUGAAUUCAGUGGGACUACCACGGUUUUAAGUGAUGCGAUUGUUGUCAACCCUUGGGAUUCCGUAGGGGUGGCCAAAACAAUUAAUGAUUGUCUUCAUAUGCCAGUUGUCCAAAAAGUUUCUCUCGAAAAGCAAUUGUUCAAAACUGUAUCUAUCAACACUAAUCAGUAUUCUACCAACAAAUUCUUGCGUCAUUUGAUUGAUGAUUUGGGAUCAUCACACGAAUGUCAUUCCACCCCACCACUUAACCGUCCAAAAAUGCUCAAAUCUUAUAACGAUGCUACCAAACGGUUAUUUUUAUUUGACUACGAUGGUACAUUGACUCCUAUUGUCAAAGAUCCUGAUGCGGCAAUUCCAUCAGCAAGAACUUUGCAUUUAUUAACGAAGUUGGCGAAAGAUCCAAAAAAUAGAAUUUGGAUUAUUUCGGGUCGUGACCAACAGUUCCUUGAUGAAUGGCUCGGUAGCAAAAUUUCAGAGCUUGGUUUAUCUGCCGAACACGGUUGUUUUGUCAGAGAUGUUGACAGCCAAAAAUGGAUAAAUUUGACGGAAAGUAUCGACAUGUCAUGGCAAAAAGAUGUCGAAGACGUUUUCACUUAUUACACGGAAAGAACCCCUGGAUCAUUUAUUGAGCGCAAGAAGGUUGCUCUCACUUGGCACUACCGAAAGGCCGACCCUGAAUACGGCGAGUUCCAAGCUCGUGAGUUGAAGCAACACUUGAAUGCGACGGUGGCCCAGAAUUAUGAUGUCGAAGUCAUGAGUGGUAAGGCCAACGUUGAAGUCCGUCCAAGAUUUGUCAAUAAGGGAGAAAUUGUCAAGAAGUUGACCCUCAGUGCUCAUGGAGAACCUCAAGACUUUAAUAGUUAUGGAAAGAAGAAUCUAUUGAAAAAAUUGACAUCCGAAGUGUUGCCAGAUUUUAUUUUUUGUGUGGGUGAUGACAAAACUGAUGAAGAUAUGUUUGAAGCGUUGAUUUCCAUUGAAGAAGCCUGGGUGAAUAAAAAUGAUGAUGACAAUUACAAGCUGCAGACCUUAGAUGGUGAUGACGCCGCGGCCAUCCACGAUUUUGGAAUGUAUCCUGUCACUGUUGGCCCAGCAUCCAAGAAAACCAUUGCCAAAGCUCAUUUAUUAGAACCAAAACAAGUUUUGGAUACUUUGGGCUUGUUGGUUGGUGAAGUUUCGAUUUUUGAAACUGGAGGAUCAGUUACAUUAGAUGAUAGAGGACAUAUUAAGGAGUGA